UAGUUCCUACCCGGCGUGUAAACAUGAGCGCACGGGGAAGCCGCAGCGUGGACAGUUAGCUCCGCGGUGGCUAACACACUUUAGCUUCAAACAUGGACACGACGGACGGCACGUGGGACAGUCUGUCUGUCAAACUCAACGACAACAUCCUGACAACGCUCGGCGAACUGAAGUUCACACACAUGACACCUGUGCAGUCCGCGUGCAUCCCGCUGUUCAUGAGCAACAAAGACGUGGCUGCUGAGGCGGUGACCGGGAGCGGGAAGACGCUCGCUUUUGUCAUUCCUAUCAUAGAACUGCUGCUGAAGAGAGAAGAGAAGCUGAAGAAAAUGCAGGUUGGAGCUCUGGUGAUCACUCCCACGAGAGAACUGGCCCUUCAGAUCAGCGAAGUUAUGGGGCAGUUCAUUCAGAAAUUCCCACAAUUUACGCAGAUUUUACUGAUUGGUGGCAGCAACCCGAUAGAGGACGUGGAGAAGUUCAAGGAUCAAGGGGCAAACAUUGUGAUUGCGACACCGGGUCGUUUGGAGGACAUGUUCAGGAGGAAGGCUGACGGUCUGGACUUGGCCAGCUCAGUCAAGAGUCUCGACGUGCUGGUCCUCGACGAGGCCGACCGACUUCUGGAUAUGGGUUUUGAAGCCAGUCUGAACACCAUCUUGGACUACCUGCCUAAACAGAGGCGCACAGGCUUGUUUUCAGCCACUCAGACUCAGGAGCUGGAGAAGCUGGUGCGAGCCGGCCUCAGGAACCCAGUGCGCAUCACCGUCAAAGAGAAAGGCGUGGCAGCCACCGCCGUCCAGAAGACACCGUCGAGACUCUCCAACUACUACACCAUCUGUAGAUCGGAAAACAAGUUCAACAAUCUGGUGGCGUUUCUGAGGCAACACAAACACGAGAAGAAUCUCGUCUUCUUCAGUACGUGUGCAUGUGUGGAGUACUACGGUCGAGCUCUGGAGACUCUGGUGAAGAAGGUCAGCGUCCACUGCAUCCACGGCAAGAUGAAAACCAAACGCAACAAGAUCUUCGCAGACUUUCGCGCACUGAAAAGUGGGAUCUUGGUGUGUACAGACGUCAUGGCCAGAGGCAUCGACAUCCCCGAUGUUAACUGGGUUCUGCAGUACGAUCCUCCCAGCAGCGCCAGCGCCUUCGUGCAUCGAUGUGGACGUACGGCACGAAUCGGCAAUCAGGGCAACGCCCUCGUCUUUCUGCUGCCAAUGGAGGAGUCCUACAUCAACUUCUUGUCCAUCAACCAGAAGUGCCCCCUCCAGAAGAUGUCCCCCAUAAGUGACGUAGUGGACGUGUUGCCCAAAGUGAAGGCCAUGUCUCUGGCUGACCGCGCCAUGUUUGACCGAAGCAUGAGAGCCUUCGUGUCGUACGUCCAGGCCUACGCCAAACACGAGUGUAGUCUCAUCUUCAGGGUCAAAGAUCUGGACUUUGCCUCCUUAGCUCGCGGCUUUGCUCUCCUUCGUCUGCCGAAGAUGCCGGAGCUGAGGGGGAAAUCGUUUCCCGACUUCACCGAGACGACGGUGGACACGGACACCAUCCGCUACAAGGACAAGAACCGGGAGAAACUGCGACAGAAGAUGCUGGCGGAGCAGAAAGAGAAAGAAAAGACCGACCUCCCCAGAAAGAACUUCAUCAAGAACAAAGCGUGGUCUAAACAGAAGAACAAGAAGGACCGCAGGAAAAAGAUGGCAGCCAAGAGGAAGCACGAUGAGGGCUCUGACGUGGACGACGAGGACAUGAAAGAGCUUUUAAAUGACACUCGCCUCCUCAAGAAGCUGAAGAAAGGGCACAUCAGCGAGGAGGACUUCGAGAAACGGAUAACAAGCAAAGCAAAGUCAAAACACAAAACGGCAUCGCACGACGGCUCCGGGGGAGAGGAUGUAUAAUUGAUCAGCUGUAUUCAACUUUAUGAAUGUAAAAAAAAACAAUUAAAACAACCUUUGACACUUUGUUUACCUUUUUAA